AUGAAAUCUGGUUUAUUUGGAUUAAGUUUGAUUGCCGCAACAUUUGCGAGAAAUAUUGUGUAUCCAGAAUGUUUUGAGGAACAAGUCAAGUUGGCAUUGAAUGUUGAUAAAUUGGAACCAAGCGUGUCUCCUUCGGGGAUCAAGUUGGUGUUUGUUUAUAAGGCUCGUGACACCAGCGAAGAGAAUUUGGAUGGAGAAAUCACCAAGGUGGUGGAUGCUGAAACGCGGACCGCUGAGUCAACCGCUGGGUUGGCUACGUCGACUGCUGGGUUGACCGCUGCUCCAACUCCCGCCACUAUUGUGACAAAUUUCCAAUACGGUACUACCACCUCCACCAUCUAUACCGCAUCAUCGACUCCAGCCUCCACCACAUUUACGUCUGUCGAAAAAUUGGAAACUACUCGAAGAAACCCUCUUGCAACGGGUGGAAUCAAAAUCUUUAAACCUCUUGCAGAGUCUAUCGAGAUUGCCAGCAUAACCGAUGGUGUGGUCUUUACAAACACCCUGUUUCCAACAAAUGGACCAAAAAUGCGGUAUACACAGCCAUCAUUAACCACGAAAUUUACCGUUGCAUCUGCUAUUCAGCUGGCUGACAGUUUGGCCAACAAAGCGUUGACAGAAGUUGCCAACACUGCCUUAGAGACCAACGAUACUUUACUGUCAAGGUCACUUGAACUCUCACUGGUUGAGAAGCAUGUUAUAGUGGUAGAGUCAUCGUGUGAACUGUCCAGUUCUCUCGAGCCAUCCUCGUUCAGUUCCGAGCCAUCGAGUAUCCCGUUCAGGUCCAAGCCAUCGAGUAUUCCGUUGAGUUCGGGCAGGUACUUGAAUCUGACCUCUGCACUGGCCACUUCCGCUCCUUCAUCUGUCUUGGUUGCACCCCACUAUUCUGCCUCUUCAAUUGCAAGCUCGCUGUCUUGCUACUCAAGCUCUGCAUCGACUGGCUCGCUGUCUGGCUACUCAAGUUCUGCAACAUCAGCUGGCUCGCUGUCUGGAUAUUCGAGUUCUGCAUCAUCAAUUGCAAGCUCGCUGUCUGGAUAUUCAAGCUCAGCUCCUUCCUCAUCGCCAGAAAGUGAGAGCUCAACCUCCGAGUCUUCCGUUGCUCUGUCGGCAAGUGUGACGGAAUCCUCUAGCGAGUCAACAAUUGCAACCUCGACCCAAACUUCGUCGGCUGCUUCGCCUCGAUUAUUUAGGGUCUUCUCUUCAACUUCGACUGCAAAUGGUUUCACAGGCGAUUUGUUUAAGGCAAUUUCCACCAACGCCGUCUCAGGUAAAUUUCCUAAACAAAGCUUACCAUUGGCAAUUCCAUCUGGUGUGACAAACUCGGAUAAAUACCAAACCAACAAGUUUUAUGUCAAUCUCUUUCUUGGUGAUCAAACCGAUAUGAUCUGGUCUUAUCCCUAUGGAAUGCAGUACCUGAAGUCAACCUACUACGGAUGGGCAGUACAACAUACGAUCCCCAGCGCUCGAGUAUUUGGUAAUGUCAAUUCCAACAACAACAAUCCCUCAUACUUUUUCAAUCCAAUCAACAUCAAGGAAUUGAUUCUUUCAGCAACGUCUUUCACAUCAAAUCUCAAGAUGUCAGUCUCCAACAUGAAGGUAAUGUCGGCUUUGGUCAAAUUAGGACUGGCAACUAACUAUAUCGAGGUCCCUGUGGUGCAAGGUAUGGGAUUCGUUACUUCCAUAUACCAUGGAAAUCUCAUACCUCAAAUAAACUCAGGAGUUGGAGUCAAAACUCUCGUGAAGGAAACUUCCUCCAACUUGUUGUCCAACAUAUUGAAAUUUAGAGCAACUCUUUUCAGCGGCACUGAAUAUUUGAUAUAUGUGACGUUUCCCAGUGGUACGUCCACCAGCGGAUUCACAUUUUCAGUUUCAAAUUCGAAUACAAUCAAAGCAUCUAAGAAUAUCAAUGGUUUGAUGAUUCAAAUUGCCGUGGCCCCAUCAUCGUCACAGGACAAAUACUACGACCAGACGGCAGGAACGUAUGUUACUGAAUCCAAAAUCAAGGCGCAUGGUUAUGGUGGAACGACCGCUGAAUAUCGAUUCUCAUACAUUAAAGCAGGUUCAUCAAAAUCCAACUUACCUAUUGUGUUUUUAUUGCCUCACCAUGUUGACCUGAUUGAUGCAACCACCAAAAACGCUGUCACUGGUAUCACCUUGUCAUCCACAACUAAAGGAACAAUGUCUGCUUAUUUGGCUAGCGAAAUCAUCAUGAAUGAAUCGCUAAACUACAACAUUCAGUUUUUGCCUUGGGUUCAACAAAUGGGUACAACUGCACCAUUUUACACGACGAAUCAACUCAAGCUUCUUGCACUGGCGGCCAAUACUGAGUUAUCGGUAGAUAUAAAGACGAUGGUCUUAUCCAUGAACUCAAACUACUAUUCAGGAAAGGUUCUUGAUAAAUAUGCUUACAUUCUCUUGGUUGUGAGUGAUAUCAUUGGUGACGAAACAUUAGCAAAGUCAACCUUGAAAAUACUCAAGGACACUUUUGCAGUGUUCACCAACAAUCAGCAAUAUUAUCCCUUGAUGUACGAUACGAAGUUUGGAGGAAUUACUUCGACUGCAUCACAAGGAGGUGAUACUGGCGCUGAAUUUGGAAGCGCAUAUUACAACGAUCAUCACUUCCAUUAUGGAUACUUUGUACAUGCUGCAGCCAUCAUUGGAUAUGUCGACAAGAAAUACGGAGGAACUUGGUAUAAAGAUCAACAGUUUUGGGUGAAUGCGCUCAUCAGAGAUGUAGCGAAUCCAUCGCCAGAUGACAAGCAAUUUCCCGUAUUUAGAAUGUUCGAUUGGUUUGCUGGUCAUUCAUGGGCAUCGGGGCUUUUCGCAGCCGGUGAUGGUCGUAAUGAGGAAUCGAGUUCUGAAGAUUACAACUUUGCGUACGGAAUGAAGCUUUGGGGUAAAGUAUCAGGCAAUCAAAGAAUGGAAUCAACAGGAGAUCUUAUGCUCGCGGUGAUGAAGAGAAGUAUGAACAUGUACAUGUACUAUACUUCAUCAAACUCGGUUGAACCAUCACAGAUACUUCCAAAUAAAGUAUCUGGUAUCUUGUUCGAUAACAAGAUUGAUUACACAACUUAUUUUGGAGCACCAAACGCACAUCCCGAGUAUGUCCAUGGUAUUCAUAUGCUUCCAAUUACACCAGCAUCUUCACUCAUUCGAGGCAGUGCAUACGUAAAGGAAGAAUGGCAAGAUCAAAUCUCCACAUUUAUCUCCAACGUCAAAGACGGAUGGGCAGGAAUUUUGCGAUUGAACCAAGCGCUCUUCGACGCAUCUUCUUCGUACGCAUUCUUCUCCUCGAGCUCAUGGUCUUCUGCCUACCUUGACAACGGUCAAAGUCGGACUUGGAGUUUAGCGUUUUCGGCCGGUGUCAGCAACGCAUUGAGUUAA